ACUGAACAUGCAGCAAGCAAACGUUAAGCUAGUGCGUUAACUUAUUAGGGACGAGGCCCCUCUGAUAAACUUGUUGCUUACUGGGAAGCGUGUCAACUAACGUUAGUUACGUUUCCAGGAUUUUAUAUUACAAACAGGCAACCAGUGUCUCAACCUACUACAAGUUAGUAGAGCAGCGAGCAGGCGAGAGCUAAAAGCUAACGUCAGAAGAGAAAUGUAGUAGCAGACAGCUAGCAUUAACGUUACUUCUGUCAUUAAUUGGCUUUUCCUUACCUUUUUCCUGGUUAAAGGAUAUGAUUUCCUCCUCCUUCGGGUUGGAAACUUGGGUUAUUAUGGACAUGUGGUCCAUUUAGACGGGUGGUUAUUCCUGUUUUGGUUUCCCCACAAUGUUAUUCGUGCUAGCGCGCUUGCUCCGUUUGCUAGCUACCGUCAGCUAGCUGUUUAAGAUGAGGAUGACCAGCCAGCCCACAAAGCCGAGGUGAAGUGUUGUUGCAGCGGUGGUAGCCAGCCAGCUAGCACGGUGGUGAAUGGAAGCCAGUGAAUGGCUGUCAUUUAUGGCUCUCCGCAAAAUAUCAUUGCUGCAAACAACACCGAAAGCGUGUGUGGCAAAAACAAAAUAAAACAAAACAACCGACGUUUAAUUGCUAACUAGCUGAAGUUAGCAAGUAGCAUGGAUUAGCGAGUUAGCUGUGAAGCUCCGAUCAUCCAAAAAUGUGAGGCCGUGUCUGGAACAACGUUGAAAACACGCUAGGAAGCCCUGUCGGAUGCGUGUUGUUGUCCAAAAACAUGUACCAAACGCAGGUUGUUCAACGUUAAAGUUUAGGCAAACACUUCAUAUCUCACUGGCCCUAUAUUCCCUGUGCAACAUGGAGGCUUUAUGUAUUUUGAGUAGCAUCUGAAGCGGGGGCACGCCGAGUGGGAGGGUUUGUUUCUGUGAUGGAUUCUCUCAGGCAGCCGCACUAACAUUGCUCAGCCCGUGAAGCUGGCUGGACUCGGCUUUCUCCUCUGUAAUUACUGUUUGGUCUCACGCAACAAAUAUAGCCUAGCUCUUUAUUAAAAAAAAUACAUUCAAACAUAUGCUAAUACACUUUGUGUAACUUAACAUGAUCCAGGGGCCAAAAACUGCCCGUUAAACAAUUCACGCAAACAGUUGACGUUAAUCCAAACCCCUUGGUUUGUGUGCGCCUUCCCCGUGUGUGGCUAAUUUCAACAGAUCAAGAGCGCCGCCCAGUGUCUAAAUUAUGAAAAUGCUUCGAGGAUACCCUGCAUUUAUUACGAUAAAAUACAGUAGCCUACACUGCCUGCAUGUGUACUCACAUCAGUCGCAGUAUCGGAUCUGGAGUACGACUUCUAGUCAAACGACUUGGUUUAUUUUUGUGUAGCCUGUGAGUGUCUGAAGAGUGAGAGUGAGACGGUAGGCUACACCGUAUAGGCUGGUAAGACGAUAACUGCUUUUAAUUAAGGACCUCAAAACAUGUCACUUAGCCUAAUUAUGGGAGACAUAGACUACUGAAAACUAUGAAAACCAAAUUCCUCAAGUAUUUUCGUGACUUUAUAAAGUGGUAGCCUAUUCUGAUACCACAGAAGAUAUACAAAAAAAACCCACUUAUUCAGAAAACCUGAUGUAAUUGCUUUUGUCGCUGCCAAUUGGUGAACAUGAGACAUGUAUAGCAGCGUUUACCUUCUCCUCCAGUGUAAACCAUCCCACUUUUUGACUGAAGAGUCGUCAAAUGUAUUGUAGGCUAUAUCACUGUACUGUAGAGGCUGCUUGACGCAACUGCUUCCCCCCUCAUUUUUAAUCAUUGUCCCAGAGUGUGUUUGCGCUCUAGUAAGGUCUGAUGGGCUCGGUGUGGACCACCCCUCACUGCGGUGCAGUAGUGAAAGAUAAAUAUAUCCCCCCCCCACCACCACCACCACCUCCCCUCCUCCUCCUCCUCCUCCUUUCGUUGAGUCCGCAACAUCCUGACUGGCCGAGGCUGGUGAUCGCAGGCAGCGGCAGCGGCAAGCCCCCACAAGACGGAUGAAUUAGAAAAACUGCUGUAACCACCGCCACCCCCUUUUCUUUUAUUUAUAAGUGAAGAGUCGGGCUGUAAACACUGCUGCCCUCAUCUUGACAGUGUGAAGCGGAAACAAGGCUUCCAGUGUGCAGAUUCACCAUGGGGAUCAAGGCUGCUCUCCCCAGAUAUGAGCUGUAUCUCUACACAGCAGUACUCGGCGUGGCUUUGAUAUGGGCAGGCAGUUGGAUAUUUGAAGCUUCGAGUGGGAAUGUAAACAGAAAGGCCUUCAAAGAAAGUGUAAAACCAGGAUGGCAUUACUUUGGCAGGAAAAUGGAUGUUGCGGACUUCGAAUGGAUGAUGUGGUUCUCUACAUUCCGCAAUCAUAUCAUUUUUGCUCUCACCGGUCACGUUAUCUUUGCCAAGAUAUUCACCCUGCUAGCUCCAAAGCACAGAUCCUUGAUCUUUGGGGUGUACGGUGGUUUGGCAGUCCUGAUCACGAUGGGCUGGACCUUCAUGGCUCUGGUUCUGUCUCACUGCAUCAUACUCUACAGUGUCGCCAUGGUCAAGAGCAAAUGGAUGUGCUUUGCAGCCGGCCUGACCACGCUGGCGUCCCUUAAGCUGGAGCCCUAUAACUCCUGGCAGGAAACCUUGGUGACUGGCUCUUUUGACCUGCAAGACAUCCUCUUCUAUGGAGGCUGCGGCUUCAGCAUCAUGCGCUGUAUGAGCUUUGCAUUAGAGAACUGUGAGAAGAAGGACGGCAACUACACAUUCUCUGACCUGCUGAGAUACAACUUCUACCUCCCCUUCUUCUUCUUUGGACCUAUCAUGACUUUCGACCGGUAUCAUGCCCAGGUGAACAACACCCAGCUGACCCGCAAGGAUAGGGAGUUGUGGAACAUCACCACCAAGGCCGUGUUGCAUCUGGGUGUUAUUCUGGUGGUGGAUGUCUUCUUCCACUACCUGUACAUCUUGACAAUCCCCAGUGACAUGAAGCUGGUCACCAAGCUUUCUGACUGGUGUUUGGCUGGUCUGGCCUAUUCCAACCUGGUGUAUGACUGGGUGAAAGCAGCCAUGAUGUUUGGUAUCAUCAAUACUGUGUCUACACUGGACCACCUGGACCCUCCUCAGCCUCCCAAAUGUAUCACCAUGCUCUAUGUCUUUGCUGAGACGCACUUUGACAGAGGCAUCAAUGACUGGCUGUGCAAGUAUGUUUAUGACUUUAUUGGUGGGGAUCAUGAUAAAAUCUUCAAGGAGCUCCUGGCAACCAUCUGUACCUUCGCUAUCACCACUUUGUGGCUGGGCCCAUGUCAGAUUGUUUACAUCUGGUCCUUUUUCAACUGCUUUGGCCUCAACUUUGAGUUAUGGGUGGCCAAGUUCUUCUCUAUUCCGCCAUUUUCGAACAUAGAGUGUGCAAUGGGUGAAGCCAUGUCACGCAGGAUCCGUGGUGUGUUCAAUGCUGCCAACUUCUGGGCCAUUGUCCUCUACAACGUUCUCUCUUUGAACAGUUUGGAGUUUGCCAAACUGGUGGGAAGACGGCUGAUUUUCAAAGGUUUUCCUCUGUCCACACUCUCAGUGUUACUUGUGACCUACUGUGGCGUGCAGCUGGUGAAGGAAAGGGAGAGACAACAAGCCUUGCUGGACGAUCCGGAGCCAGUGAAGCCAGUAGAUGGUGGCAAAGAAAAAGCUGAAUAAACAGACAGAAAAUCUGACUUUCACAGACUUCAUGGUCAACAGCCCCCUCACAUUGUUCCAUCUUCAGCCUUGCGAACUGCAACAGCCAGUCAACACCUAUAUUGUUCACAAGCCUGUGUUCUUGCUUUUGUUUGUCAGAAGCAAGACAAUGUUUUGAACUGUGAAAUAUCCUCAAGUGCACUUGCUGUAGAUAAUCGCCACGUCCUUUGGCACAAACCCACCGAUGGUGCAUUUUGUAUUUGUAUUUUAUCUGAACAAAAGAUUGUUUAGCAAAUGACAGGCCUGACAAACAUUGUAUGAUGCUACUUCUUAUAGUAUAUAUAAGGACAUACAGAAUUGUAAAGGAACAACUACUUUGCUUGUGUGGUUGUCUCCUGUGUCUCGGAUUUGGAUAUUCUUCCUUCUUCUUUUAAAAAAAUUCAUCAAAAUGAUUUUUCAGAUUUUUCAUCGGAUGGUGUCUUAAUUUUGCCUUAGAUACCUCAGAUCCUAGUCAUUGCAAUGUUUAACCAUACUGAAAGGGUUAAAAACAUGGGAAAAAAAACUUGAAGUCAGACUGCCACAUAGUCACAAUGUAUAGGAUAGUCUAUUUUAAUGUUGAUUGAGAAUGUAUUAGAUCUCUUAUAAUGUUGAACAACUGAAUGUAGUUCAACCUUCCAGGGAACGACAGCUUAACUCUAACACCAUAUCGUCCACAGGAGAUUAAUGUAGAUGUGACAUUUUGGCAUAUCUUCCCUUCGCCCUCUUUGACAUGAUCCAGGCGCUCAGUUCGCUAAGAAAGGCAAUAGGUCCUUCAGGAAUCAUCGGUCAGUCUUAUCCUGCCUGUCACCAAAAACUGCUGUGUGUCUUCAGUACAGCAGGCAGAGAGAAAAAGUUUAUGCAGCUUGUAAUGCCUUCUCUCACUGUAAGGUUUUUAUUCAAAGGUGUUCAAAAUGUGUUGUUGUUUUAGCACAGCCUGCAUUCAAACACUGUUAAAAUUUAAUUUUGUUUACAUCAAUGGAAAUAAAUAACAAGUCAAUUCAGA